GCCUUAACCAUAUAGUGCUGGGGGAAACACAGGCAAUGUACUUUGACACAGGGCAACAGGAUUGUUUUAGAGAGUGAUCAUGGGAAGAUACAGGCAGCAAAGUUAAAAACUAUAGGCCUACAUUCAAUGAGACGAUUUGUGUACAUGAUUCUUAAAGGAAAACUUUCACAUCGUGGGUUAAUACAAAGGAAACAAAGUUGAGGGAGAGUGACCAUCAUUGAGAGUUUAGGAUUGGCCAGGCGAGAGACCAAUUUAAAUCGCAAUACACCGGGUGAAGUGAAGUGGACAUGGCUGCAAGACGGUUAAUGGAAUCAACAGUACAGAGGUCAGUCGAUUGGCCACAGUAUCAGGUCCUAUGGUUUUUGUGCUAAUGGCAUGCCAGUGUUUGGGAGCGAUCGACGGCACCCUCAUCGAAAUAAAGCAGCGAUCUAACAGGAAAGUGAGGACAUAAAGCAGACUGUGGCUGAAUACUGGGAACAAUACAUGAUAACGACUUGCAGUCUCCUAUACAACGCAACAUCUACAUCACAAUGUAAUGAGGGGGAGGGAAAGCGAGUGAGAAGGGUGCUAACGUUCCUUGACCCUUAAACAAGAGACUGGCCGAGAGUGAAUUGUUUACUGAUUGUCAUUUUGAAGUGUUGUGAAUAAUGUAUGUGAUAAACAAAGGAUGGCAUUCACUUUCAGAGAUCUGGCUUUUAUUAAAAAAGUAACGUUUCUUAAAUGUGCAGAAUAAGUCCUCAGGAGAAAGACACGACAAACACACACUAACUAUACAAGAAACACAAUGGUGCAAACGUGCACCAAAGCACAGUGCAGUCACUCCACAUCAUCUGUCUGCAGCAAUGCUCACAUGAAAGCAUGGUUUCAAUCCCUGGGGAGCGUGUGGGUGUAUGUGUGUAAGCAUGCGGUGUUGUAUGAAGAUGGCGGGUACCCAAUAGUUUAGCCUGGUUACCCUUGGGAUUUCGAAGCAACUUUGAUGUUAAUCUGGGAAUGUUAACCUGACAGUUAAUGGGUCCUGGUGGGAUCGGAUGAUAUAAAUCUUGUUGAAAGGAUAAGUAUAACCGAUGGGCACACAAAGAGACAGACAGAGGGACUGCAAAGUUGAUUACAGGUUGGCCACAAUUUAGAGCUGCACUGCUAUGUUAUUUUCUAGUAAUUACGGUAACAUGAGUGGCGAAGUCACGCCUCUUCCGGUAGAUCUCUCGGCUCCUCUUCACCGCGUUUUUCCAAGGGGAGGAUAACAGCAUCGAUAGAGAAAACCUAACCCUAUUAUAAGUUGGGGCAUGUGGAGACUUUCAGUUAUGCCGAUGGGGAGAUUGUCGGUCUUGUCCACGCCAGUCGCAAGGAGCGUGACGUCACAUUCAUACGAGACGUGUAGUCUUUCUCAUUGUGUUUUAUCUACAGCCCUUAACUGAACAAUUGCACAAUAAACGGUCAGGCAUGAAAAAUUAUCAUUUAAAUCAACAAACAACAUAUGUGUACUCCGGGGCAUAUAAAGACUGGGACCAGAAGAUAAUUACUUUCUCUCCAUUGAAACCCAUUCAUAUUUUUCGAUCUCGACUCAUAGGUCCCAUGGGCUCUACCGGAAGGGGUGUGACUUCGCGGCUAUUCCAUUCUGGGGUAAAUCGACAACACGGGGUCGUUUCAUGUCAGUCUCUGUUACUUCUCGCAGGUAGUCGAGAAAAACAUGUUAAUAAACAUGUCGACCAGCGGCUCCACUUUGGAACAACAGCUUUGCUCCAUAAUGGACGUACUUGCGAAAGCGGCCGUAUCGGAAAUUAGCCAACUGUUCUCGGAAGGCUCGACUACCCUUCGAUUACAAAUAACUCAGAGCCUGAAAGAAAACGAAGCGCUGAGGACGAGGAUGAAGGUGAUGAGGAGUGAGCUGUUUACUUUGCGGCUUCAAACGAGAUCGAAUGCAUCGCGUGCGGCAAGUCGUUUCGCCCUGGCCCGAGCCAACAUCUGCAAACCAUGGACUAAACCACUGGGGAAUGGUUUAAAGCACCUCAAGGACCACAAGGCGGAUGGAAGUCCCCCUUCUCAUUCAUCAUCCAAAAGUGUGGCUUCAACCAAUACAACUCCAUCAGAGCAGGAGACCCCAGACAUAAUUUUAAUCAAAGAUGAAGAGGAUAUCAAUGGAUGCAGUCCAACUGUUGAAGACUGCGAUGCCUUUGGAGAAUGCAGCACGCAGCGUGGCGCUACCUCGGAGAGUCUGCAUGUGGACGCCCCUGGCUCCUCCCACAUGUCCAGUCACGACGGGGAGCUGCGGAUCCUGAGCGUCCACGGAAAAGGGGAGGGCCCACUGGCGGUGGACGCUAAUGACACCCUCUUUACCGCGUCUGAACUGGAGGCCCUGAGCUCGCUGUCCCCGGACCACAGCAUCACCCACGACAGCCUCCUCAGCUUCAACAGCGGCUCCAGUGAGAGGGCCCCGUCGCAGGGGACGCAGGACAGCAGGGGGGGUCCCGGUAGUGACGGCCAAGCAGAACGGCUCCAGUGCGUCCAGGCCGCCUCCCGGUCCCUGAAGAACGCCGCGCUAGAGGCCGGCGACAAGGGAAGGCGAUUGGGCAACCUCGGUGCACCGUUCCCACUGCAGCACAACUUGUUGUUCCCGCAGGGAGUGGACAAGAGCCUGGACAGUGGCGAGCGGUUCUUAAGCCGCAAGGAGCUGGUCAUGCACCGGGCCGGCCACAAGGAGGCGGGGCCUAUCCUGUGUGCGUUGUGUGGCAAGUCGUUGGCUAACAAGGCAAAGCUGAGAAUGCAUAUGCGCAUCCACACAGGUGAAAGGCCGUACGGGUGCGUCCAGUGUGGGAAGCGCUUCACGCAGAGCGGUAGCCUGAAGAUCCACCUGAGGACUCACUCUGGGGAGAAGCCCUGCGUGUGUCUGCAGUGCAACGCCCGCUUCAGCGACCCCAGCAGUCUUCGUCGCCACAUGGUCAAGCACAUUGGCAAUGAGGUGAUUUGUCACGACAGUGACCUGCGAAUCCUGAGCGUCCACGGAAAAGGGGAGGGCCCACUCGCGGUGGACGCUAAUGACAACCUCUUUACGGCCUCCGAACUGGAGGCCCUGAGCUCGCUGUCCCCGGACCACAGUAUCACCCACGACAGCCUCCUCAGCUUCACCAGCGGCCCCAGUGAGAGGGCCCCUUCGCAGGGGACGCAGGACAGCAGGGGGGGUCCCGGUAGAGACGGCCAAGUAGAACGGCUCCAGCACUUCCUGGCCGCCUCCCGGUCCCUGAAGCACGCUGCGCUGGCGGCCGGAGACAAGGAAAGGCAACCGGGCCAGCUCAGCACACAGUUCCCGCUUCAGCCCAACUUGGUGUUCCCUCAGGGCGUGGCCAAGAGUCUAGAAGGCUGCGGGCGGUUUGUCCGCCGCGAUGAGCUGGUCAUGCACCGGGUCCACCACAAGGGGACAAUGCCCAUCCCCUGUGCCUUGUGCGGCAAGGUGUUGGCCAGCAAGGCCAAGCUGACCAUGCACAUGCGCAUCCACACGGGCGAGAAGCCGUACGGGUGCAUCGAGUGUGGGAAGCACUUCACGCAGGGAGGCAACCUGAAGAUCCACCUGAGGACUCACUCCGGGGAGAAGCCCUGCAAAUGUCAGCAGUGCAACGCUAGCUUCAGCGACCCCAGCAGUCUGCGUCGCCACAUGAUGCCCUCUGAUAUUGUGGAACUCACAAAGAUCAUUGAACCAUUCAAAGAGGUAUUCCACGAGCUGUUCAGGUUUAUCAAAGGGACUAUUGCCAUACCUAACAUGUCGCCGAGCGGCUCCACUUUGGAAGAACAGCUUUCGUCCAUAAUGGACGUACUUGCGAAAGCGGCCGUAUCUGAAAUUAGCCAACUGUUCUCGGAAGGCUCGACUACCCUUCGCCUACAAAUAACUCAGAGCCUGAAAGAAAACGAAGCGCUGAGGACGAGGAUGAAGGUGAUGAGGAGUGAGCUGUUUUCUAUGCGGCUUCAAACGAGAUCAAAUGCAUCGCGUGCGGCAAGUCGUUUCGCCCUGGCUCGAGCCAACAUCUGCAAACCACGGACUAAAUCACUGGGAAAUGGCAACCUCACAACACAUGACUUAUCUGAAUGGACGAGAUGCCCGUUUCCUGCACCUUGUUGUUCUUCAUCAUCAUCAUCAUCAUCAUCAUCAUCAUCAUCAUCAUCAUCAUCAUCAUCAUCAUUAUCGUCAUCGUCUUCAGGUUUAAAGCCCCAGAUGGACCAUAAGGCGUUUGGAUAUCCCCCUUCUCAUUCACCAUCCAAAACUGAAGCUUCGUCUGUUGCAACUCAAGCAGAGCAGGAGACCCCAGACAUCAUUUUAAUCAAAGAUGAAGAGGAUAUUGGUGGAGGCAGGCCAACAGAAGACUGUGAUGCAUUUGGAGACCGCAGCACACAGCGCAGCGCCACCUCGGAGAGUCUGCAUGUGGACGCCCCUAGCUCCUCCCACAUGGCCAGUCACAACAGGGACCUGCGGAUCCUGAGCGUCCACGGACAAGGGGAGGGCCCACUGGCGGUGGACGCUAAUGAUACCCUCUUUACCGCGUCCGAACUGGAGGCCCUGAGCUCGCUGUCCCCGGACCACAGCAUCACACACGACAGCCUCCUCAGCUUCAACAGCGGCCCCAGUGAGAGGGCCCCUUCGCAGGGGACGCAGGACAGCAGGGGGGGUCCCGGUAGAGACGGCCAAGCUGAACGGCUCCAGCGCCUCCAGGCUGCCUCACUGUCCCUCAAGCACGCCGCGCUAGAGGCCGGCGACAAGGGAAGGCGACCGGGCCACUUCGGCGCACAGUUCCCGCUGCUGCACAACCUUGUGACCCCACAGGGAGUGGCCAAGAGCCUGGACUGCAGCUUCUGCGGGGAACGCUUUGUCAACCGCGAGGAGCUGAUCGUGCACCGGGCCGGACACACCGGGGAGCCGCCCAUCCCAUGUGCCCUGUGCGGCAAGUCCUUCGCCAACAAGGCCACGCUAAACAUCCACAUGCGCAUCCACACCGGAGAGAAGCCGUAUGUCUGCGUCCAGUGUGGGAAGCGCUUCACUCAGAACGGCAGCCUUAAGAUCCACCUGAGGACUCACUCGGGGGAGAAGCCUUACGUGUGUCUGCAGUGCACAGCCAGCUUCAACAACCCCAGCAAUCUGCGUCGCCACAUGGUCACACACACGGGCAACGGGGUGCUUUGACACCGGGCAACAAGGAAUACCUAAGACCAUUACCUUUGUCAACACUCAUUGACUUUACAGGUUACUUGUGGAAUAGACUAUUUCCAAGUUCCACUUUAUAGAUGAUGAUUAUUUUUAUUCUAGAUGCUUUAACUUAUAUGCCAAAUAUUUUUUUGUUUUUACCUUCUGUACGCUAUUUUUUUAUGACACCGGACAAUUCGAUAUUCUAGUUCUUACCUUGUAUUGUAUCUAAAUGGCAAUAAUGAUUGAGAAGUACUUUUUUCUGUUGGUUAAUCAACUAAGAUUCAAUGAAAAGCCUGUAGCCCUGUUGUCAACAUUGGGGGGGACCAAAUAUGGCAGGGGUUAUGGAGACUGCCUGACAGCAAAAUUUGAAAACAAAUUUCCUGCAAUUCAAUAAUAAGUAAUCCUUACUUUAAACAAAGCUAGCGAGUGGAAUAAGCUCAGAAUAGAUGGACUGUCAGCUAGCUAAUGUAUGCUAGCGUUCUGAUGGAAUUUAGCAUAACAUUGAGAGAGGAUAACGCAGAGUUACGUAUGUAACUCCGGUUCUAUGAAUCCUGGAUGACCGCCAGAGGCGGUGCAUUAAGCACUGGAUUUAUCCGUCUCGCGCAUGCGCAGUUCGAGUACCUAUACCAACAAGGUCACAUGUGACCCUCGUGACACCGGAUUGGCUAUAUAGCCCGGUGUCGACAGAGGAUCUGUUCUCAGGAUCUUCUCGCGAACCACGAGACUUCUGAGUGACCUGUAACUCUGGCGGUCAUCCAGGAUUCAUUUCAUCCUUACUGACCUCCAGAGGCGGUGCAUUAAGCACUGGAUGGCCAAUACCAACAACGUCACGAAGAAUCAAAGCGCUCACCUACUGACCAGAGACAGCAGAGCUUGGCAUCAGGACCACGCCCAUUGGAUGGGGAGUGACAACGUUGACCCGGUAGAACCUGGAGAAUGUGCUAGGCGACGCCCAUGACGCCGCGGCACAGAUGGUCCCCAGGGGCACCCCUCUCAGGGCAGCCCAUGAUGUUGAGACGCUCCUGGUUGAGUGAAACCUCACCCUGGAUGGCGAGGGGCGGCCACUGGCCCCGUAGGCGUGCGAUAUGGUCUCCACAAUCCAGUGGGACAGCCUCUGCUUUGUUAAAGCACGACCCCUGUUAGGGCCACCAUGGCAAACAAAAAGCUGCUCCGACUGGCGAAUACCGGCGGUAGCAGAAAUAUAACCCCUAAGGGCCCGCACCGGGCACAGCAGCUCAGACCCACCCUCCCCAGAUUGGGGGUCAAAGCGUGCUAACUGGAUGGGCUGGUUAAGGUGAUUGCGUGGAAGCACCUUUGGCAGGAACGCAACAUUCGGCCAUAGAGUGACACCCGAGCCAUCAGAGUUCCACCACAGGCAUGUAUCACUCACUGAUAGGGCAUGCAACUCCCCGACCCGCUAGGCAGAGGUUAUGGCGAGUAAAAAGGCAGCCUUCAUGGACAGCCACUUCAACCCACCUUGACCCAAAGGCUCGAAGGGAGGCGAUGACAAGGCUUCCAGCACCAGCGGCAGGUCCCAUGCUGGAGACCUCAUGGCUGUAGGGGGACGCAGCCUCAAAGCCCCUCUAAGAAAGAGGGACACUAAUCUGUGGCACCCUACCGUGGCGCUGUCAACCCUAUCAUGUAGGGAGGAGAUAGCAGCGACAUAGACCCUCAAGGUAGAGUGCGACCGGCCACUAUCCAGGAGGAACUGCAGAAAUUCCAGCACGGUGGUCACAGCGCAGUGCACUGGAUCCACGGCCCUAGCCGCACACCAGUUGGAGAACAGCUUCCACUUGUUUCCGUACUGCAACCUGGUCGACGGUGCCCUGGCACUCAUGACGGUACCCCUGACAGCCGCAGUGCACUCCCUCAGCAGUGGGUCGGGCCCUGCAGUGGCCAAGCCCAGAGCUGUAGGCGAGAGGGGUCGGGAUCUGCCAGAUCUGACCCCCCAGCUGGGACAGGAGAUCCCUCCUGUCGGGGAGGCGCCAUGGCGAGCUGCAGCAGAGCCUGAGCAGCAGUGGAUACCAGAGCCUCCCCGGCCAAAAGGGGGCCACCAGAAGGGGCCGGUGGCCCUGCAAAAGGACCCUCUGGAGUGUUUGUAGAACCAGAGGCAAUGGUGGGUACGCAUAAAGAGGCCUGUCCGGCCAAUCGUGCGCCAGCGCGUCCUGCCCUAAAGGGCUGGACGCUUCUGCCCAGGAGAACCAGAGGGGGCAAUGCGCCGACUCCUCUGAGGCAAAGAGGUCCACCUCUGCCCUGCCGAAGAGGCCCCACAUUGACUCCACCACCUCGGGGUGAAGCCGCCAUUCCCCCGGUGGAGGCUUCCGUCGGGAGAGGAAGUCUGCCGCCCGAUUCUGGGCCCCCGGCAAAUAGAUUUCCCGUAGGCUUGCCAGACGAGGAGCCCAAGUCCACAGGCUCUGGGAUACCCGGAGAAGCCGUGCCGACCUGGUGCCCCCCUGGUGGUUCACCUGGGAAACCAUGGCCAUGUUGUCCGACCGGACCAGGACAUGCCGGCCUGUCAAAUGGGGCAGAAAGCUGGCUAGUGCCAGCUGCACAGCCCGGAGUUCCAGCACAUUGAUGUGUUGUGCCACGUCCCUGCGCAGUCCUGCCCUGCCACACUGCGCCCCAUCCCUAGAGGCAGGCGUCGGUUGUCACCAACUCCCGGCGUGCCGGAAUUGCGCCCAUGGGCACGCCUGCCUCCAGAUACGCUCUUUCUCCAUGGAGCCAGAGAGACAAAACACUGCAGGGUCACCUUGACCCUCCUCUGCCUGUGCCACUUGGCAUCUAGGUGCAGGCUGUUCAGCCACAUUUGGAGUGGGUGCAGGGACAGUAAGCCCAGAGGCACCACAGCUGAAGCAGCUGCCAGCUUUCCCAAAAGCUGAAGAAACUGAAUAAAAAGCAGCCUCCUGCCGGCUCUGAAGAGGGGAAGGAGGCAGAGGAUGUCGUUCACCCGUCGAGGUGAAAGGUAGGCCUUCAUGGCGACCGAGUCCAGGACCAACCCCAGAUAGGUAACCCGUUGGGAAGGGUCCAGGCAACUCUUUGUUUGGUUCACCGUCAAGCCCAGCCGGGCGACGUGCGACAGCAGGCGGGCCGUGUCCUGGGCCACCUGGGACCUGGAGGGCGCACAGACCAGCCAGUCGUCCAGAUACGGCAGGACCUUCAUGCCCUGCGUCUGCAGGGGUGCGAGGGCUGCCGCCACAACCCUGGUAAAAACCCUCGGGGAGAGGGAAAGCCCGAAGGGAAGUACCCUGAACUGGUAAUGCCUGCCCCGAUAGGCAAACCUCAGGAACCGCCUGUGGUGUGGCGCAACCGGCACAUGAAAAUAGGCGUCCUUCAGGUCUAUGGUCGUGAACCACUCCCCCCUGGCAACUACCCUCAGGGUAUCCGCCGAGGUGAGCAUGUGGAAUGGUAAAACUUUUAAAAACAUGUUCAGGCCCCUUAGGUCUAGAAUGGGCCGGAAUCCGCCGUCUUUCUUGGGUACCAGAAAGUACGCCGAAUAGAACCCCCCGGGUUGUAACUGAGGGUCCACUGGCUCGAUCGCACCCUUGGCCAGGAGGGCGGAUAGCUCCUGGGCCGAAGGCCUGGGGCCGGCGUCGGAACUGUAAUUCGUACCCCCGGGUUAAGGUGGAAACCACCCAGGGGUCUAUAGUACAGGCAGCCCAGUAACUGAUCUGCUGCUGGGAAAAACAGCAGACGACCGGCCCCGUGGUCCUAGCGCCUGGCCCCCCGGCCUCUGUCGGCUCUGGAGGGGUACCGGUGAGGCUCCGCAGCCCGAGGCUGCCCAGGCGAUGGGCGGGCGGGGGCGCGAAAGCUAUCAGCGGGCUUCUGGGCGGGCCGCCGAGACCUACGUAAGCCCUCAUCUCUCGCUGGGUAAGAGCGUGGCUGGUAGCGGCCCCGGGGGGCAGCCGGGGGGGCUCUAGGCCUGCCAGGAGCGGACACACUCCUGUGAAGACCCGACAGCUGCAGGUUGGUUUGCCUAGCUUGGGCAGCUCGCUCCAGCGUCUCCAGGGCAGCUGACCCAAACAGCUCCCCCGCUACCACUGGCACGGCUCUGAGGGCCUUCCUGCAUGCCUCCAUCAGGGGCGACUGAGCCAACCAAACCUGGUGGCGAGUCUGGACCAGGGUGGACAUAACACGCCCCAAUUCCCUGGACAUGAGGGCAAAGGCCUGUAGGGACUCAUCGCUCAGGUCCUGCGUAGACGGCUCAACUGCAGCUUGUUGCAGCGAGGUCGAGAGCGCCAGCAUUAGGUGGGAGAGGGAGUUGCCAAUCCGCCCCAUACGCGCUGCUGCGUCAUAGGCCUUCGAGAGCAGGUCGUCUGUGACCCUGCACUGGGGCCGAGGACACCUGGCAUCCGGCCGCAAAGCCUGAUCGGGGGUUAAAAUGAGGGAGGCAAUGGCGGGCUCAACGGGUGGCAUGCGACCCAGCCCAUACUGCGCUGGAUCCCGCAUGGCAGCCAAGGCCCGAGCACUGGAAGAAGACGGGGGAGAGCCUUGGCAUCCGUUCCAGCAGACGUGUAGCUCCUUUAAAUACUCCUCCGAAGGAGUGACAGAGAAAGGGGCUGUGGCAGGGCUGCGCCUGAAAAAGGCGCUAGGCUGAGCCAAGUCUGCCUGAGGAGCAUCGAGCCCCAGGCGAGCCAGGGCCGUACGGAUGACGGCCCCGAUGGGGUUACCCUCUGUGCUGUGCCCAGAGCUCUGAGCAGAGGAGCGGGAGGCCUCCCCAAAAGCGUUCGAGGCUUCCUCCCCCGUGACACCCUCACUGAAGAGGUUAGCCGAUGCCGCCAGCGACAGGACAUCGUCCGUGCCCGGCACAUCCCCCAAGGAAGGGUCAGGCUGGAUGCCAGCCACCGCGCCUCCUGCCCCAGGUUGCAGGGUCAGGAGGAGUUCCUGUAUCCUCACCAUGUCGGACGACAAGCGAUCCACCUUGGAUGCUAGCUCGUCCCUAGCCCUUUUCCUGGGGGGGGGCCCUGCUCUACCCCGACGCCAAGAACGGCCGGGCUGAGCCGGAGGAAGUGGCGCCAUUGAUGGAAGGUCGACGGCUGUCGGAUGUUCCACCGCUGCGAGCCUAGCCAGCCUGAGUGCCAAGGGCAUGGAGCCGCAGUUCAUACAGGCCCUCUCGGUAAGGCCCUCCCUCAAAUGCUCGAAGCCGAGGCAAGAGGGGCAGCGAUCAUGGCCAUCGUCGGGCUCAAGGAGGGCCACACAGGCGCCACACACAUGAGCCAUCAGCAGAACUCUGCGAGAGGGAGCACUGCCUUCACCAGUAAGCUACUAACUUGAGAAAAGCCAAGAAAGUGUUACCGGGAGAGGACGCGAGAGCACAGUCUUCACCAGCAAGUGACUGAAAAUAAUUACACUCAAAUAUACAGCAGUGUUACCGGGAGAGGAUGCGAGAGCGCUGCCUUCACCGGUAAGUGACCGAAAGAAAUACGCAACAGUGUUACAAACACGCUGCCUCACCCACAAGGUAGGUUAGCGCUGUACAAUGUAGCCAGUAGUGAAAAUAAUCCCAGCAGUGUUGCCGGGAGAGGACGCGAGAGCGCUGCCUUUACCGGUAAAUGACUGAACGAUUAUCUAUAUAUUUUUCUAACAAAAGUGUUACUAAACAAAACUUGGAAGCUUCUACUCAAAGGAAGCCUUUCCGCGCUGUACAGACAAACAGCCCCUGGAGGACGAGUUCACCCGUUGCUCCGACCCUUGGUCGCGAGGCUGCACACAGUCUGGGGCGCGAUCCUUUCCAAAAAGCGAAUACGCUAUCCGCAAGCGGUACUACUACAUGCGUCUUUGCGAGAAGAUGAAAGGAACAGAUCCUCUGUCGACACCGGGCUAUAUAGCUAAUCCGGUGUCACGAGGGUCACAUGUGACCUUGUUGGUAUAGGUACUCGAAUUGCGCAUGCGCGAGACGGAUAAAUCCAGUGCUUAAUGCACCGCCUCUGGCGGUCAGUAAGGAUGAAAUAGAACCCUUCAUACAUCGACAGUUAUAUAGGCUAAUUCAGUGGUUUUCAACCUUUGACUUUAGCUGUACCACUAAAUUGUCAUCAAGACCUUUCGCGGACCACCUCAUGUGUAAAGGGUAAUAAAUGGAUAAGAAAAUGGA